CUCAGCGCGAAAGCCCUUGUUAUCUCUCGCGCCCCUUCAUAUAGAGCCCUUUCCCCCCUCACAACUCAACACACACACACACACACCAAAUCCACAAAGGAAUAUUAUCUCUCUGGUUUUACUCUCUCUAGAAGGUUUCGUCAUGAAAGGAGCUAAAUCAAAGGCUAAAGCUGAUACCAAGCUUGGGAUAAGGAAGAAGGCUACUGAGAGUAAGAAAGCAAAGAACGCUGCCAAGGAUCCAAACAAGCCUAAGAGGCCUCCAAGUGCCUUCUUCGUUUUCAUGGAGGAGUUCAGGAAAACUUACAAGGAGAAGCACCCAAACAACAAAUCUGUUGCCGUUGUUGGCAAAGCUGGUGGAGACAAGUGGAAGCAGUUGUCAGAUGCUGAGAAAGCACCUUACCAAGCCAAGGCUGAGAAAAGGAAAGCUGAAUACCAAAAGAGCAUGGAUGCGUAUAACAAAAAACUGGCUGCUGGUGAUGCUGAUGAUGAGGAGUCUGAUAAGUCGAAGUCUGAGGUACAUGAUGACGACGAGGAUGAUGAUGGUAGCGAAGAGGAGGAUGAUGAUUAAACAAUUAAUAGGCUUUUGAAAUUCAGAAAAUGGUGGAAAAGUUCAUGUAGGAAUUGCUAUCAGUCCCCUUCCCUUGAUAAAUAGAUGCCGUCUCUUUUACAUUUUUUUAGUUUUUGUUUUUUGGGGUUUAGUUUGGAUAGAGAAAGGGAUUUUCAGAUGACUUGCCUUGAAAAGCUCAAGUGGUUUAUGUAAUUUCUAUUAUGUUGGUGUUAAUGAAAAUUCUGCUUGGGA